GAUAGUAUGAAGGCGAUGGAAGAUUGAGACGGCCAUUGCUGGACUCAUGGGGAGAUUUUGCCUCUUUGUACUGCAGUAUUUAAGAAAAGUGUCGAAGUCUUCUGCCAGUGAGCAACAGAGUGGAGGGACAGCAGGAAGCUGGCUAUGGAGCUGUUUCCAAUCCUUCCAGUACUUUGGAUUGGUUUGCUGAGUUUGCCAUCCUCACAAACUGGGACAGAGGCCGAGCACACAGAUCUGUGUCAGGAUGAGAGUCUGGAAUCUGGCGACCUGAUAGUAGAUGGUCCUUCAGUGCAAAAUCCUAACUUCACGAUGGGGGCUGUGGUGGAUGAAAGAAACUUCCCUUGUUUUCUCUACCCAACAAAUCUACUCAACUGUUCCUGGUCGUUCUCCACUUUACAGGAAGACGCUCAGCUCUCUGUAGAUCUGAGGAUUUGUGACAACAAUACAGAAGAUCCCUCUUUAAACCAUUUGUCUGAGAAGAGAGUCGGAUCCCUGUCUGUGCCUGUGUUUCCACAUGAGCAUUUAUAUGUUAUCUUCAAAUUUAACAUAACCCUGAAUGACAAGAGGACUGUCUAUUUCUACAAAUAUGACAUGUGGAUGCUAGAGGUCCUGUCUCCACCACACAAUAUCACCGCGUUCAUCAAUGAUGGAGGUCUUCAGGUGGCAUGGAGUAAUCCUAAGAGUUGGACCAACCCCAGUCUCCAUUGCUUCCAGUACCAGCUGGACAUUGGUGACCAGGAAAGACCCAGAAACUUUACUGGCAAGCUGUCCCACAUGGAGCCGAAUGCAGACCCCAGCCACACCUACAGGGUGAGGAUGAGGACCAGACUGUCAGAUGGAUGUGCAGAAAACUCUCAGUGGAGUGACUGGAGUCAUAUAGUCACUGUGGAACGAACAGACAAACUCAACCUUCUUGUCAUCAUCUUUAUUUCACUUGGACUACCCAUGAUCCUCCUUGCUGUUCUGCUGUUGUUGCGUCAUCAGAGAGUGUAUGAGGUCCUGUUUCCUCCGAUUCCUCGGCCCCCGCAGAAGUACAAAGGUUUCCUUGAAAAAAGCGACACAUUCAAUGUCUUUCAGUCUGCCCUGUCAGCUGAACCCGUGGAGGAGAUCACAGAGGUGGAGGACGCAGGGCAAACCCCUGACAACUUGUAACAAUGACCAAACCUGAUAUCGUGUCUAACCUUACAAUGUUGGGCCCAUUUUCUAUUCAGACUAUCCAUCUGGAAACUGGCGUAGGAAUGUAAAACGUCUGCACAGUGCCACGUUAUGUUGUGCACUUGUGUGAAAGCAAUAGUUUUAUGUCUCUUGUGUAUUUGAUUGUCCUGUGAUGCUAACAUAAAUUAUUUUUUUAUUGUGCAAGGUAAAACAAGAUGAUAACAGAUACUUCCUGGAUUAUAUGAGAGGAUUUUUCUCUGCUAAGACUAAAUUAUAAAUAAAAACACACACUGUGCAUGGUACUGAUGUGAUAGAAGGACUGCAUUUCCAGGUAACAUUCCACAUCUAAAAAAUAGCAACAUUCAUAAUUUUAACGUGUCUUUAAAGACCAAAGAAAAUGUGCACACUUCGGGGAGGUGGCUGUAACAUUUUUGGGACUGUUGGAGUAAAUACAAGUAUUAUUAUACAUGUUUGUACAUUUCUAAAGUUUUUUAGAGUUUCAAAAUAAACAAAAAUGUUCAUUUCCUGACUGUUUUGGAAGUAUCUGAA